UUUGCAAUGCAUAUACCCCGAAACCUUCUUCCGACCCCACCUACUUUCAGCAAGUUCAGACUGGCAGAGAAACUUCACGCACUUGGUUCUUUCUCUCUCUCUCUGUGAUUUCUAAUGUGUGUUUCUGGUGCGUGUCUCUGCUGUAUAUUCUCCUGUGAUCAUCUGUUACCUGCUGCGUUGAUUUCUCAAUAAGUUUGUGACGAGUUUAAAGUCGCAGAGAUGAGUGAAGCAGAAGAUAAUGACAUUCUUGAGCUGGACUCAGAAACGGAAAAUGGAGACGUGGAGAUGAAUUUAUUGACAGAUAUGGUUUAUUCUGAAGAGCUGCCAACAUACAAAUCUAUGCCAAAAGGUCAAGCUGUGCCAAAAGUGGAACGGGCUGAAUUCAACGGUAACCCUGAUUCACUAUUUUUCAACGAUGGAAAGAGAAGAAUUGACUUUGUUUUGGUCUAUGAGGAUGAGUCUAAAAAUGCAUCUGAGAAGAAAGCCUCAUUUGUGAAGAGAAGAAAAAAACGCAGAGAGUUUUUCGAAGGAAGCCUGAUGAAUAUGGGUGUGGAAUUGGAAGCGGCACAAUCUGUAGUGGAUGAGAAGCUUAUCUAUGUGAAAGUACACAUGCCUUUUGAGGUUUUGUGCACUUAUGCUGAAGUCAUGCACAUCAAACUGCCCAUCCAGCCCAACGAUCUGGCCCCGCAGUCGUCAACGUACAACUGCUUCACGCGCCACUUCUACCCCAGCGAGGACGUCAUUGCCAAGGAGCCCGACUUCUUCACAGCUCCUUUCAGGAAGGAUCAGCUGAAGUGUUUUUAUGUGAAGGACAGGGAGCAGUUCUUCACGCCGGCCGUGAGGAGCAGAAUGGCGUACUACAUCCUCACCCGAGCGCCGUAUGAAGUCAGAGGAAACGUGAAGAAGUUUGGCAUCAGUAAGCUGCUGGAUGGAGCCGUGUAUAAGGCUGCGUAUCCUUUACAUGAUUGCAGAUUUAAUGUGAAAUCUAAAGAGCCCCACUGCCCUAAUGAGCGGUUUCUGCUGUAUAAUGAGUGGGCUCAUCCCAAGAGCUUCUACAAGAUGCAGCCGCUGGAUCUGAUCAGGAAGUAUUUUGGUGAGAAGGUUGGCAUUUAUUUCGCCUGGUUGGGUUUCUACACCUUCAUGUUGGCUCUAGCUGCGGCAGUCGGAUUCUGUUGUUUUAUAUAUGGAUACGGGACCAGAGAGAGCAACACAUGGAGCAAAGAGGUGUGUGACCCUCAGAUUGGUGGAGAAAUCAUUAUGUGUCCGCAGUGUGAUAAAAUCUGUCCGUACUGGAGGCUGAACACCACGUGCGAGUCGUCUAAAAGACUAUGUGUAUUCGAUAACUAUGGGACAUUAGUGUUUGCAAUCUUCAUGUCUGUUUGGGUGACUCUGUUUCUGGAGUUCUGGAAGCGCUAUCAGGCCGAACUGGAGCACGACUGGGACACGGUGGAGUUUCUUCAGCAGGAGGAACAGCCUCGACCCGAAUACGAGGCCAAAUGCAUCUAUGAGAGAGAGAACCCUGUUACACGGGAGAAAGAGAAGGUGCCGCACACAGCCUGCGGGAAAUGCAUGAGAGUGUCGUGUGGCAUCAGCACUGUGUUAUUCUGGGUUCUGUUGAUCAUAGCGUCGGUGGUCGGCGUGAUCGUGUAUCGUCUGGCCAUGUUUAUCACUUUCUCUUCGAACAUGCACAUUGAACUGAACAACAAGGAGCUGGAGCCGUUCAAAGAGUAUGUCACCCCUCAGAUGGCCACGUCCAUCACGUCCUCCAUCAUCAGCUUCAUCAUCAUCAUGAUUCUCAAUAACGUCUACGAGAAAGUGGCCAUCUGGAUCACAGACUUCGAGCUUCCACGGACCAAAACAGAGUACGAGAACAGCCUGACGCUGAAGAUGUUCCUCUUUCAGUUUGUGAACUAUUACUCGUCCUGCUUCUACAUCGCUUUCUUCAAAGGGAAGGUGGUGGGAUAUCCGGGAAAGCCCGUCUACUGGUUUGGUGCUUUCCGCAAUGAGGAGUGUGAUCCUGGCGGCUGUCUGACUGAACUGACCACACAGCUGUCAAUCAUCAUGACAGGAAAGGCUGUCUGGAACAACAUACAGGAAGUCCUAGUGCCGUGGGUGAAGAAUCUGAUAUUUCGCCAUUGCACCCAGGUGGGUUCAGAAAAAGUGAUUCCUCGCUGGGAACAGGACUAUCAACUCCAGCCGAUAGGAAAGCUUGGCUUGUUUUAUGAAUAUCUGGAGAUGGUGAUCCAGUUUGGUUUCGUGACUCUGUUUGUGGCGUCGUUCCCGUUGGCUCCUCUCCUGGCGUUGUUUAACAAUCUGUGUGAAAUCCGCGUGGACGCCUGGAAGUUCACGACUCAGUCUCGACGGGUCGUUCCAGAAAAGGCCCAAGACAUCGGCGCCUGGCAGCCCAUCCUGCAGGGGGUGGCAAUUCUAGCCGUGGCCACAAAUGCUGCCAUCAUUGCCUUCACCUCUGACAUGAUCCCGCGGCUGGUUUACUACUGGGCGUUUUCUGUCAGCCCUUAUUCAGAUGGAUCACGACACACUAUGAAGGGCUUCAUCGACAGCUCGCUCUCUGUCUUCAACAUUAGCCACUUCAAUAACAAGAUCAAACCUGAUGUAGACACACCGUACUGGUUCAACAACAGCACUACAUGCCGGUAUCGUGAUUUCAGGAAUCCUCCCGGUCAUCCUUAUCAAUAUGAGUACAGUAUACAUUAUUGGCACGUUAUUGCUGCCAAACUGGCUUUUAUGAUUGUGGUUGAGCACAUUGUUUAUUUCACAAAGUUCAUACUGGCCUACAUGAUCCCGGACGUACCGGAGGCUCUGAAGGAGCAGAUCAAACGCGAGCGUUACCUGACGCAGGUCAUCCUGCACGAAACCAACAUCAGACACUUCAAGGAGCUCAUGAAGCCCAUUGCUGACAAUCUGGAGGAUGAGAUUGAAGAACCAGAGUUGGAUCUGAGACUGUGAAUCCUUAAAAUGAACACUCUGAAACGACAUCAGUUACCGUCCUUCACCUUAAUGCCUGAACUGAACACCAUCUUGACCAACAAACAUGACCAAGAAUGUUUGCACUUCUCAUGCUGAGUGCUGUAUAAGAUGCUCAUGGUAUCUGGAUGAUGUGAUUCACUUGCUGCAGAUAAAACUUUAACCACUAAGUUUAAUAUUUUCAGAAAUGUUAUGGGUGAGAAACAUCAUUAUAAGCUUCAGUUUGUUGCAGACAGCAACUAAAAAUGAUCAGCCUUAGUUCUGACAAUACAUUUGAUGAAUAUUGUUACAUAUUAUCAAAACCAGAUAUGUGAUCAUAAACCACUUUUUAUUAAAAUAAUGCUCAUUAUCUGGUUUAAAACAAUAUAUUUAAUUUUAAGUAUUAUGCUGACAAAUCAAGUUUUUUGCAGAGUUUAAAUAAAAAAACUUAAUUAACAAUGCACAAUGUUUUUUAAAAUAACCUAUACUAUCAAAAAAAUGUAAUUCCAUUUAUUUUGGACAUUCGUGUACCAGGGUGUUUGUAUAACUGUAUGAAUGUGAUGUUUAUAAUUAAGGUUUAUUAUGGUAAUUUGGUAUUACCUUGGAAAACAUCAUUGUACUAUGGUACUUAUCACACAUGCUAAUGUAAGCAUAAGACGGCAUAAAUUAAAUUUUGUAUUAAUAUUUUAAGCCAGCUUACAUUUCAGUCAUGCUCUGUAUGUGAAUUUUUACCGUUUUGUGUUACCAAUUUGUACAAUACGUUUACACGUAUAUACAUACUUAUAUUUGCACAUAUUGACUACAACAUUUUUAUAUAUAAAAAAUAAAUGGUUGAUGU